AUGAAUUAAUAAUAAAUUAUCCUACAAAAUUUAAGAGAACUCAAAAGAAAUAUUAAAAUCGAUUUACUUAUUAAAUAUAUUGAAAUUAUUGUAUAUUCUAUAACUAUUUGCUUUAUUCAAAAAGAUACUACUUUAUACAAAUUUUAUUAGAGUUCAUUAAUAGUUUUUAUCUAGGUAAAUAUACUUUUAUUUAAUAAAUUAGGGAAUAGCCUUAACUCAUUAUUACUCAUAUAUAAUUUAUAAUCAUAAAAAGUAAGUUUAAAAUUUUGGUUAUGAUUGGGAUGCACCAUUUAAUAAUCUCUAAUCAUAUGAUCCUGAACAUUUAAAUAAUAGCAUUAUUAUCUAUCACACGAAUUUUUUGAUAGUUAAAAUUUCUAAUUUAGUGUAUCAAACAAUAUCUUAUUUAGAUUUGAAAUCGUUCUCUUUAUAUCUACACCUUAUGAAGUUUAUAGAUAUUUAUAAGCAUCCCUUAAUUCUUAUUCGAAUAUAAUCAUUUUUGAAAUUGUCUUAUAUUUUGCUAGAAGAGUUUAAUUACUAUUGCUUCCCUUUCUAGGUGUAUUUAAAUGUUGUUUAUUAUUUUUAUUUACCAUUUUAAGAAGAAAUAAUCAAAUAAUACUAUAGCAUUAACCAAUAUAAAACGUAUCUAUCUAAUUACAAGAGAAAACCUGUUAGGAAACUGAAUUAGAUUGUAUAAUUUGUUUAGAGAAAAUUACUGAUAAAUAUAUAGUACUUUCAUGUGAUCACUUUUAUCAUAAAGAAUGUAUAGAUAAUUGGAUCACUCAAAAGCGAAUUUGUCCUAUGUGUAGAUCUCCUAUUAAUUGA